GGCCACACCGGGAAGGGGAGUUGCGGGGCCCGAAGUGACCAUGACGAAAUUAGCGCAGUGGCUUUGGGGACUGGCGAUCCUGGGCUCCAUCUGGGCGGUCCUGACCAUGGGCUCCCUGGGCCUGGAGCUACCCUCGUCCUACCAGGAGGUCCUGUGGCCACUGCCCGCCUACUUGCUGGUGUCCGCCGGCUGCUAUGCCCUGGGCAUAGUGGGCUAUCGUGUAGCCACUUUUCAUGACUGCGAGGACGCCGCACGAGAGCUGCAGAGCCAAAUCCAGGAGGCCCGAGCCGACUUAGUCCGUAAGGGACUGCGCUUCUGACACGAUAACCCCAUUUCUGCCAGACAGCCCUUCCCAUUCCCCAUUAAAGAGAAAGUUUAUUUUCUAA